AUGACCCUUAUUUCAUCAAUUACUCAAUUAGGAAAGAAUUCAAAUCCAAUUAAAGCAAUCAAUUCAAAUUUAAAUUCCAUUCAACCAAAUAACCAAUUAAUAUUAUAUGGUAGUGACUUGGCCCAAUACUUGAUUGAUUUAAAUAUUUCAAUUAAUAUCUUUGGUAUAUUAAAACUUAAUAUUCAUAUUAAAAUUUAA